AUGUCGGCCCCCAUCCGAAACUUGCAACGAGGCGCAUCCCGCGCUUUCUCUUCAAGCAGCUCUGCGCUCGUCUCUCGCAGCGUCUCGGCAUCUUCAUCGGCCAACCCGAUCGCUUCUUCUUCUUCCUCCUCUUCCUCCUCUUCCUCCUCUUCCUCCUCUUCCUCCUCCUCCUUUUCCAACGCCGCACGCUCCAAGGACAUCAAACGUGAGAAGCGCAAGAAGGAUCAUGUUCUCCGAAAAGCAGUCGAGAUGUAUCACUUGACGUCGUCGUUCCUGCCAACGCCGCAGCGAGCCAUGGCCACUUCCGCCGACCAGAGGUCUGAUUCCUCCUCUGCAACUGCUACCUGGGAAUCUGCUUUGGACAACGCCAUCUACUCUUCGAUUCUCAACACGGAUUCGGCUUCGCGCCGAUCGCCGAACCUUGUGCCCCGUGGCUUGACCGACUUGGGCAGAGAGCAAUCGAACCGUGCAGCCUCUGUCCCUUCUUUCGGCAACACCGAAGAAUCGGCAUCUAGCCGCGCCAAGGAAAUCAACUUGUUCGCCUCUGAUCUCACCAGCACAACCUUCCUCACACGCAGAGAGCGAGAAGCCGCUGCAGCCAAGUCGACCCCGGUCAGUUUGCUAAAAUUAUCUCGAAAACGCUCAUCAAAGCAGAACCGAGGAGGUCUCGACCACUUUACCGAUGCCGACAUUGCCAUGUACCACAAGAGACACAACCACGAAGCUGGAGCAGGAUCUUCGCACGAUCUGGACAACAGCAGGUACUCUGGCGCAGAGAGGCUCACUCAUCUCGAUCGUAUCAGACCCGGUGGAAACGAAUGGUACCGAAACCAAGGACUUGAUACCAGGAGCGCUCGAGUUCGUGAUGCCCUCUUUGGUACCGUCAACGGUGAAUUGCCAGGCCUUGAGGUGGUUCGCGAGAGGAUCGCCAAGAUGAGGCGUGAGCACCCGUCUCACAAGUGA